AUGGCAUCUGAGAUCAACAACAAGCUCACCGGACCGGUCGUUAACGGUAGAGAAAAGAGGGCUUACGUGACUUUCCUAGCCGGAAACGGAGACUUCGUGAAAGGUGUGGUGGGUCUUGCGAAAGGGCUAAGGAAAACUAAGAGCAAGUAUCCACUUGUGGUGGCCGUAUUGCCGGAUGUUCCAGAGGAUCACCGGAAACAGCUGGUGGAGCAAGGAUGUGUGGUUAAAGAGAUCGAGCCGGUUAAUCCACCCGAGAAUCAGACCGAAUUUGCCAUGGCUUAUUACGUUAUCAACUACUCCAAGCUUCGUAUCUGGAAGUUUGUGGAGUACAGCAAGAUGAUAUACUUGGACGGAGACAUACAAGUAUUCGACAACAUAGACCACUUGUUUGAUCUCCCAGACGGCUACUUCUACGCAGUCAAGGACUGUUUCUGCGAGAAGACAUGGAGCCACACGCCACAGUACAAGAUCCGUUAUUGCCAACAGUGUCCAGACAAGGUGACUUGGCCAGAGUCAGAGCUUGGACCUAAGCCACCUUUGUACUUCAACGCCGGCAUGUUCGUCUACGAGCCUAACCUCUCCACUUGUCAUAAUCUCUUGGAGACUCUCAAAGUCGUUCCUCCAACCCCUUUUGCUGAACAGGAUUUCUUGAAUAUGUACUUCAAGGACAUAUACAAGCCAAUACCAGGAGUUUAUAAUUUGAUUACGGCUAUGCUUUGGAGGCAUCCAGAAAAUAUAGAGCUUGACAAUGUUAAAGUUGUUCAUUAUUGUGCUGCUGGUUCUAAGCCUUGGAGAUUCACUGGAGAAGAAGUGAAUAUGGAUAGAGAAGACAUCAAGAUGUUGGUCAAGAAAUGGUGGGACAUUUACAACGACGAGUCUCUUGAUUACAAGAACUUUGUCGGAGAUGGCCCCAAGAAGCAAGACACAUUUCAGCAGUUUGUCGAAGCUUUGUCCGAGGCCGGUGUGCUUCAGCACGUCAAAGCUCCAUCUGCAGCUUAG